UUUUGUAAGGUGAAGCGGGGAAGAAACAAUAAUAUCACCUGCAUACAGAAUGUUAGUCAUCAAAGAAUAAACAAGAAACAACCCCCGGUUGUACAGCAUCUUUUCCACGAAUAACAAAAGAUGAGUCAUCUGUAUUUUCUCCCUCACAUUUUACUCACGGUCGCAGUUCCUGUCAGUUCAAACAGUUUUAGGUUAUGUAAACAAUCUUUAUUUUGCCGCUAAUUAUUAAUAACAAAUUAUAUAAGAAGAUGCUGGCCGAAGUUAAUCAGACUGAAGAAUUUACCUCUUUAUCAAAACAACAUGAAGCUAAACGAUUUUACGUAUUCUGCCAUCACGUAUUUCACAUAAAACACCAACUGAUGUGUUCGAUAUGCUUAGAGGUAUAUAAUUCACCUACGGAACUCACAGAUUGUAAACACGUAUUUUGCAAAGACUGCAUUGUGGACUGCUGGGAGUAUUCCAAACCAAAAUCGACAUGUCCCGUCUGCCAGAAAGCAUUCCAGAAGAAUCAUAUUAAGGAGCAUCUGUUCUUUAAAAAGCUCUCCGAGUUUAUUAGGAAUGCCCUGAAACAUAUUUAUUUAGUGCUGGGAGGUGAAUGCAAUAAAUUACCAUCAUAUGUGCAAGUGCAUCAGCUAUGGGCGGAAAACUCUCAUUUAACUGAAAUAUUUAAUAAUAUUAAAAACAUUAUAGAAUCUCCUGUCACCGCGAUAAAAGGCAGUGCUGUUUUAAAUAAUCACAAAAUUGUAAUUGAAGCAAAUCAAAAAUUUUACUCAAACUCCAGCACAGCGAAAGAAGAUCCAUUUGAUGUCCUUUUGAUGACGCCUACAGCAAAUACAUUUUUCAAAAAACCAAGACCGUCUGCUAGUAAAGUAUAUCAUGCUAAAAGGAGUGAAAAGGAAUACACAAAACCUCGGAAUACGGGCACUGUGCUACAGUUUGAAAACGAAUCACAUAGGACAGACAUUUUACAUUGGCUUGAGGACAGCAACAACCGUUUCGAUUGCAAGGUAUUUACGCAAACUCAACAAAUUGUCCCGGAUAUCCCUGACUUUGAUAUGCCUUCGGCUUCUCAAGCGGUUAACUUUAUGAAUCCAAAAUUUAACAGCACCAACAGUACGGAACUAAAACGUCAGAAAGACAUGCAAAACGAAUCUAGGGUAAAAUCCAAUAUGUUAGUUCGAUUAAGUCGACCUGUGCAAUUUGUUAGUAAUAAGGUUGAGCGACCUGAGAAACGCACACGGUCUUUAGAACACAAUGUGACCACCUCAAUUGCGAAUACACGCCCGAAGCGGCAUAGUUUACAUGUAUGUAGUCAAGAUGAGGAAAUUGUAAUUGAUCAGUUUGAUAGCGAGAAAGAUGCUCUACCGACAGAUAAUCCGCAGAAGGUGGCUCUUGUAAAUUUAAUGGAGAACGAGUAUAUCAACGCAAUUGACAAUGAGGUGCGUGCGUUGAAGACGGUGGAUAAACGCAAAAGAUCUUUGCGAAAUUCUAAUGAGAAGGUCGACAGCAAUUUAAAUGUUUCUCGUGGUUGGAAUAGAUUGAAAGCGGUUAAGAAAACCUUUGCCCAAACCGAAAAGAAGUCUUCCAAAUUAAAGGUGGUGGUUGGAAAUGCGGUCAAUCAAUCACAGAACAAUUUGCGAUCGAAAACCAAGAAGACUCCAGCGAAAACUGUUAAACCGGUUGAGUCACCCGUGAAGCAGAAACCUAAAAGUUAUCCUUUAAAUGAAAUUGAACUUUACUUCAAUUCUAAAUUGCUGAAUGAUGAAGAUCACGUGAAGGUCAAUGACGAAAUUCUGCAAACCACGCCCAAGAAGCAUAUGAGCGAGGAAGAACGGAUCGAAGACAAAAUCACAGUUGCCCAAAGUGGUGACAGUGGCAAGGUGGCACAACGAAAUACUGAGCGGGCUAGCAGUGGUGGGGGAAUGGAGAAAAAUGAGAGUAUAUCUCACCCUGAGAGUAUUAGAGAUUUUAUGGGGGAGCAUCGUGUUGCAAAGUUAACUCAGGUUAAAAAUGAUACAAAAGAACACAACCGUCCAAGUUUUGAAGUAGUUGUAACGAAAGCGGUUAUAGAAAAUCAACAUCUGCAAGAAUCACAUCCGAUUGAAAAAUCUGUGCAUUGCACUCCCGCUCCCAUUGCGGAAGAUAAGUGUAAGGUGCAGCAAAUCGAUUGUGAAGAAUUCAUAUCAAACACUCAUCCAUCCCAGACAAUAUCUACAAAUGAACUACUCCGUGAAAUUGACAACGAUUUCAUUUUUGCCUUACCUACUCCAACAAUUACGAAUAGCAGUAUAAUAAACCAGUUAGGUAGAAAGUUAUCAUCAAUCAGUGAUAUUGUUAAUGACCAUCGUGACGAUCCCGCACCACUGAUGUACCAAAUAAGGCAAAUACUGAAUGGAGCGCCGUUGCAACCACCUCCCGCGCCAGAAAUGAAGAACACACACGUACAAACGGCAGUUAGUGUGGACGAUACCUGUACCGUUGGCACACAAUUUCCUGGUUUUCACUGCAAAGAUAUUGGUAUACAAACGGAUUCCUUCGAUACUUCACAUGGCUUUAGAAUUUCAUCAACGGAAAUGUUCAAUUUACAGCCGGUCGUUUCUUCUGCCAUUCAAACUGAUCCACUCGUUUGCGUGCAUUGCAAUCGCGAGGCGACAGGUGCAUUUGAAGAAAAUAACGCGCAAAGGUAUGAGUUCUCGGCUAGUUUCGAUAAUCUCAACUUCGAUACUCAAGAUAUCGUCUUGGGUCAGCAAUUUGCUAUGAGAAAAGGUACCCAGAAUUCGAACUCCGCCGCGCAGUCGCAAGCGUCGAAAAAUUUCAAGAGAAUUCGACAGCCAAGUUCUGGUAGCGAGUCUGAUAAUGAGAAGGUUAAAGCGAAUACUACCAAGAAGAAUAAAAUCGAGCAUGCAAGUACAAUUCAAUUACUCAUCGACACGAAAGCUAAGCUUAGAAGAGAUUCUCCAGGAAUUCGAAUGGAAAAUAACGAUGUUUCAAUUAAGCACGACAGUGCAGUUCAGUUGCUCAUCGACAGAGAGGCCGAGCUUCGAAGAUGUUUUCCGGAAAUUGUAUUGGAAGAUAAUGAUCUUUCCCUUGAGUUUCUUUCUGAUUUUAAUAUGAAUGUUAGAGAAGAAUCUCAGAAGGGUAACAACAAAGGACCUGUGGAACCUGAGAUACUUGACGGCAGCUGCUACCUACUACCUGCGAUCAAUUGA